AUGGACAUGUCGGCUUUGACCAUCUACAACUUGCCGCCACAAAGUCCAAAGUUCGACGGCGUGGGAAUUUUCUACAUCACCUUUUGCGCAGUAUGGACUGUCAUCAUUGUAGCAGGAAUGGUAUUCUGCUGGAUGAACCGACAGCUACCUAUCCUCAAGGUCCGGGGCCUGGGAUUGUCGUUUGCGUCCGUCAUCUUCCUACAUCUCUAUUGGAUCUUGUCCCAGAUUGUGUAUCCCGUGGGAGUGACGAUGCGAGUGCUCGUUGCGUAUGAUAUCCAGUACUUCGUCAUGGGCACUUGGUUUCCUCUCGGUAUUGCGCUGUUCCACGCCGCCAACCUCCGGCUACUGCACGUUGCGGAACUGCAGAAGCGAUUCACCCAUCCAGCUUUGAUUAGGAAAGGAGGGAACAACGGUGCGAAUUCCUCGUGGGUUUCCAGGAUACGAAGCCUAAAGUAUGAUACCAAGGUCCUGGUUUUCAUCGGCAUUGGCAUCACUGUUCAGAUCCGAGACCUGUACAUUGGAUGGGAGUGGUGGCCAAGUGUUGUUUGGCAAUUUGUAUGGACCUGGGGUGUCGCUCCUUCGCUGAUCUGGAGAGCUUGGAAUAUCCGCGAUACCAUGGGAUGGCGAACACAAACCAUUGGUGCUUGUCUCUCAGGGAUCCAGCUUCACACCAUGGUUCUCGAAGGCUUCCUCAUCUUCGUGCCAGCAUACCAAGUCAUCAAACUAUGGCAGACAAACCGCAAAGUCAUUUACUCAAAUGAUAAGUGGGAGACAUCAUCUCAAUCAACAACCAUUCGAGUCAAUGGAGGCGACAAAGGAUCCACCUUCGAGCUCGUGGAGAAAGAUCAGGUCCUCCGGUAUGCUAGUAAUGGAUACAACGGCGACCGCCUGCUCACCAUGACGGCACUCAAUCGCGUCCUCCACGAACAUCCCGAGCCCCUGCAAGAGUUCUCGGCGUACAACGACUUCUCUGGGGAAAAUAUCGCUUUCCUGACACGUGUAGCGAAGUGGAAAGUCACCUGGUCGCGCGACCUAUCUCUCGACCAAGAACAGCGCGCCGACAUGUACAACGCCGCUCUGAAGAUAUACAUCGACUUCAUUAGCCCUCGCGACGCAGAAUUCCCGCUCAACCUCGCCUCAGCACAACUCAAAGACCUCGAGGCCGUCUUCGAAGCUUCAGCCCGCAAAGUCUGCGGCAAGGCUCGCGUCGACCCAACGUUGCCUUUUGCUUUCGAAAUGCCGUUCACCUUUGACGUCCCGGUGUCGAGGGAGAACGAUGACGAGGAAGCGAUACUGGAGUCGCGAUACACUGGAGACAUAUCACGGCAGUUUGGCAUCAAUGUCUUCGACCAGGCGCUGAAUCAUGUCAAGAAUCUCGUCCUGACGAAUACGUGGCCCAAGUUCGUCAAGGAGAUUCGGAGACGCAGGAGUAUCGAUUCGGAUCGGAGUGGGAUGACAGACAGCAGUGCUGAGACGGCAGUAAGUCGAGUCACGAGGUUUGUCAAGUCCUUGACAUGA